AUGCGUUACUUUGUACUAGUUGCCUUAGUUUCCUUGAGUCCUGCGAAAGUACAUUUAGUCAUACGUUUCUCCAAGCUGUUACGUAACAGUACACAUCCUAUGACGAUAUAUGAGAAAUGCCAUAUUGAACGAGUGAAUAAAAUUACUACAAUAACAAUACGACAAAAGCUACUGCAGCCCAUCUACAGUAUACAAGUCUCACCAGAAGUUCGUUUCAAAAAAAUAAUAUGCAAUAGCACCGAUCCACUCACGGCCUAUGAAAAAUGCCACAUUUCAAAUUUAAAUAAUUCUAUAACAGCAGUAACAUUGCACCUAAAACUCCGACAGCCUAUAUACAGUGCAUAUGUUAAUAUCACGAUUAUACAGCUCUCGAACAACCUCAAUCGUGUGUGGUACAAAAUCACCAAUCUUGAUGCCUGCAAUUUCUUGGUAAAACGGCGUAAUCCAGCGCUGAGAUUACUUUUUUCAACUUUCCAAAAGUCUACUAAUAUCAAUCACACCUGUCCUUAUAAAGAUUACCUAAUACUUAAUGAGUUAGCUAUCAAUAAUCCUAACCUAGCUCUCAUACCUUUUAUAUCUGGGGAAUACGAGCUACAAACAGAAUGGCGAUUGAAUGGCAAAAAUGCGGCGCAAGUCACUGUAUUUAUUCGUUACAAUCGUAAUACUUCAAAAUAA